AUGGCUUCUGCUACCACUUUCCACGACUUCAAGCCUCUUGACAAGAAGGGCAACGUCUACGAUCUCUCCCAGCUCAAGGGCAAGGUCGUCCUCGUCAUCAACACCGCCAGCAAGUGCGGUUUCACUCCUCAGUUCGAGGGCCUCGAGAAGCUUUACAAGGAACUCAAGGCUUCCCACCCCAACGACGUUGAAUUCCUCGGUUUCCCCUGCAACCAAUUCGGCUCUCAAGACCCCGGCUCCAACGACACCAUCCAAGAAUUCUGCAUGGUCAACUACGGCGUCUCCUUCCCUGUUCUCGGCAAGACCGACGUCAACGGCGACAAGGCCGAGCCCGUUUUCGAGUGGAUGAAGAACGAACAACCCGGUAUCAUGGGUUUGAAGAGAGUCAAGUGGAACUUUGAAAAGUUCUUGAUUGGCAAGGAUGGCAAGGUCAAGGGUAGAUGGGCUAGCACUACCAAGCCUGAGAGCUUGAAGGCUCCUAUUGAGGCUCAGCUCAAGGCUUAG